CGCCGCUGGGGCGCGAGCCAGCUUUGGAGCUGCCGAGCCAGGCGCUGGAGAGCGGCUCAGGGCGGCGGCGGGAGCAGGGUUGGCGCGAUGGCUCCCGCGUUGGAACGGCAGGGCUACUGGGGCCCCACGACGUCCACGCUAGACUGGUGUGAGCAGAACUACGCUGUGACCCCGUACAUCGCCGAGUUCUUGGUAGGAAUGGGAUCCUGGUGUUUCCACAUGACUCUGAAAUAUGAAAUGCAGCUAUUGGAUGAACUCCCAAUGAUUUACAGCUGUUGCAUAUUUGUGUACUGCAUGUUUGAAUGCUUCAAGGCAAAGAACUCAGUAAACUACCACCUGCUUUUUACCUUAGUUCUAUUCAGUUUAAUAGUAACCACAGUUUAUCUUAAAGUAAAAGAGCCUGUGUUCCAUCAGGUCAUGUAUGGAAUGUUGGUCUUUACAUUAGUACUUCGAUCUAUUUAUAUUGUUACAUGGGUUUAUCCAUGGCUCAGAGGACUAGGUUAUACAUCCUUGGGUAUAUUUUUAUUGGGAUUUUUAUUAUGGAACAUAGAUAACAUCUUUUGUGAUUCUCUGAGGAACUUUCGAAAGAAGAUGCCACCUAUCCUAGGUGUUACCACACAGUUUCAUGCAUGGUGGCAUAUUUUAACUGGCCUUGGUUCUUAUCUUCACAUCCUUUUCAGCUUAUAUACAAGAACAUUGUACCUGAGAUACAGGCCAAAAGUGAAAUUUUUCUUUGGAAUCUGGCCAGUGAUCAUGUUUGAGCCUCUGAGAAAGCACUGAUAAUUAUUCCAUGAAGACAACAAAAAAUACCUACAUAUGCCUAGCAGGAUAAUAAGAAAUCUCUGAAGAUCUACAUAUUCAAAUACACCGUGACCAUUGCAACAGAGGAGUGACUUUCCAACUAGUACGGCCAGCCACACAGAGAAUAAGGAAUUGAUCCUGGUUGGUGUUUUGCUCCUGGCUUUAUCUUAUUUGUCCUCAUUCUCAUCCUAUGGUCUUCAUAAAGAAACAGAUGUGUAUUUCUGUUCUAGAGCACUAAGGAAACUGGGCUCUUCUUAGAAGGUUAACAAUUUGUGCAGGUCAUAAGAAAUUAACUUUUUCUCUUUUGUGUUAAGGUUUGCAUGUAAAUUAUAUUUUUUCUAAUAUUUUAUUAAAUAAGGAAAAGAGGACUGGCAAAGCCCAAUGUCCAUAUGGUCCCCUGUCAGCCAGCAUUUAGCUGUGUCAGCCUUGAUUUAUAUUGUUGUCAUGUUAACCUCAUGGAUGUUUUCCCAAGAUUUAAAAAAAAAAAAACAUUUAAAUAGUUCUUGCACUGCCUGACUCAAUGCUAGACAGAGAUCAUAAACAAGCUCAGACCUACCACUGGGUUCUAGACUGGUCAUUUCCCAGAAUCUGCUAUGGGCUCUGGGGUAUGAGACAAAAUGAAGCAAAUAAGAACAAUGGAUCUAGUGUGCUUCAAGAAGCUCUACCAGGACAACUAGAAAAUGCUACAUCUUCAGCCAGUUAAAGGCAGUUGCUCUGUCUCCUUUGGCACUGUUUUUAAAGUUAAGCAAACAUAAUUGGUGGCCUAGCCUAUUCAUAUUCUGUCCUUCUAGCCUAACUUAUCAGGAAAUAUCAUAAAACUAAGAUUUUUUUUACAUUAUGCAGUAUUUUCCAGUUUUCAGAAAGGCUGUGCUUAUGCCCAAAGAAGUAUGUCAAAUUAACUGAAGUAAAAUGGUGAGGAUCCUAGUUACAUACAACUUAUUAAAAUAUCUGCUCAUCAUUUUUAAUUUUUUAUGUUUUUAUUUUCUUGUGUUGGGAGUCAAACCGAGGGCUUUGCACAUGUAACUCUUCUAUCGAGCUAUACCUCCAGCUCCAGCUUCUUCGAUUGUUAAGGGAAAUAAAUACAAGCAUUGAGAACAGCUCUAACUUUUAACUUGCAAAACAGCCAAAAAGUAGAGUGCUAAGAAAUAGCAGUAAAAUCUUAUUGUAAGGCAGCUAGUUCUAAUUUGAGUGUAUAACAAUGUCAAUUAUUU